AUGCGUAUAUCAUCACAACGGUGGUCUGUGUGGCUAGCGCUCAGUAGCCUGGCAUGCCUCGCGGUCGGACAAGGCUUGACGAAUACUGAGGGCGUUCAGACGAGCGUGAUCGAUGGCACGACGGUGACGUUCUAUUCGGCGCCGACGACGUUCAUUCCCACUGCCUCGGGUGCAUCUGCCAGCCAGGUCUCCACGACCACUCUGACCAACGUCAAUUCUGCCAAUGGCGGCUUCUCUUAUUCCAUCCCACUGUCGACGAUCCCACCCACAGGUACACUGACACAAGCUGCCUCGGGGUCAGCAAGCAAUCUCUUGCCCGUCACUAAUAAUCUCCAGUCUGCACCUGCAAAACGUCUCGUCGCACCUUCUUUCGGUCUUCCGACUGGUUUGAUGGCCCUUGUCAGUCUAGGCAUAGCGACCGGUGCCGCUAUCGUUCUCGCUUAAUCUCCGUCUUCAAUCCGCGAGACUGUACACCACCCGAGCCGGACGAGGAGCGGCAGAGCAAAGCAAGAA